CCUUCCUCAUCCUUCUCCCUUCUUGCUGUGUUGUGCUGUGCUGCCCCCUCCCAGUCCACACCCAAAGUCGUGGAAGCUCGCCCCCGAGCCUCUCCAUCCUUCACAUUCCUUGCUCUUCUCUCCGCUGCCAGAGCAGUCACUCGUGCGGACACGCACGACCGUACCCAUCAUGUCGCCCUUCUCGAACCGCAACAAGGACGACAUCCCCAUCGGCGAGAUCCCCGCUCCCGACGGCCCCGUCCUCAGCAGCGGCGACAGCGCUCAGGCCAACCUCGCCAGCGCCUACGCCUCCGAAUAUGAGCGCCAGAUCUUCCGUCAGCUCACUCAGCCCGAUGAUUCCUACACGGCGGACGGCGUCUACUGGGCCGAUCUGCCCCUCGGCAAGCGCCUCAAGUUUGUCAACGAGGUCGACAAGGCCGAGGCCAAGUCUGAAUGCCGCAACCUCUGGGCCAUGAUCAAGGAGGACCCUCUCAGCCCUCUGUCCUGGUACUGGCAGAACGCCAUCCUUCCUGGCGCCGGUCUCGGUCUGGAGGGCUACGUCCUCUUCUCCAUUGGAAACCUCGAGCCUCUCUUUGCUGCUGUCUGGCCGCAAUGCUGGGGCAAGAACCCUACGGAGUGCAGCAAGAACUGGACCGCCUCCGUGACCUACCUCGAGGUCGUUGGUAUCAUGGUCGGCCAAGUCGUCGUCGGUAUCAUGGGAGAUUGGAUUGGUCGCCGUUGGGGCCUGAUCCAGGAUGCGCUCAUCAUGUUGCUCGGUCUCAUUAUGCUGACCGCCGCCUGGGGCACCAGCCUCGAGAACUGGGUCAUCCUCUACGGAUGGUGCCUGUUCAUUUACGGACUCGGCGUUGGUGGCGAGUAUCCAAUUACCGCCACUGCAUCCAUGGAGAACGCUGUUGCUUCUGGCAAGCUCUCGACCCGCGAGGACCGUCUCCACCGUGGCCGCAAGGUCACUUUGGCUUUCCUGAUGCAGGGUUGGGGUCAGUUUGUCAACCAGGUCCUCCUCAUUAUCCUGCUCGUCAUCUUCAACCGCGGCAGUGGCGCUCCUCCCUACCUUGAGAGCGCUGCUCAGUACACCCUGCGCAUCUCGUUCGGUAUUCCGGCCCUCGGCACGCUCUGGCUGGCCUACUACCGUACCUGGAAGAUCAAGCACGCCAGCAAGCACCUGGACAAGGCGAAGAAGAAGGCCAAUGUCACUGGCUACGACGUCAAGUCCAUGAAGCUCACCUUGAGCCACUUUGGUGGUCGCCUCUUGGCUACCGCCGGCACGUGGUUCUGCAAUGACGUCUUUUUCUACGGCAACAAGCUCUUCCAGGGCCAGUUCAUUUCCGUCAUUGCUGACAACCCGGACUCGGUCGUCACAAAGUGGACCUGGAACCUCAUCAACGUUGUGGUAUCUCUUGCUGGCUACUACUGCGCGUCCAUGCUCAUUGACCACAAGCUGUACGGCCGCAAGCUUAUGCAGCAGGUCGGCUUCGCCAUGUGCUUCAUCAUGUUCGUCAUCCCGGCCUUCAACUACAAGUACUACACCUCGCCUGCUGGCGUGCACGCCUUCCAGGCCAUGUACUUCCUAUCCUCGUUCUUCAACCAGUUUGGCCCCAACUCGGUCACCUUCCUCGUCGCUGGCGAAGUCUUCCCCACCCAGAUCCGCGCCAGUGCCCACGGCUUCUCUGCCAUGAUUGGCAAGGCCGGCGCUCUCCUGGCUUCUGUCCUGUAUAACUACAUCGACACCCAGACCAAGUUCUACGUCGUUCCCUGGUUCGGUCUUGCGGGUAUGCUCAUGACCUGGCUGUGGCUUCCUGACACCACCGGUCUCGACCUCAAGGAGCAGGAGCGCCGCUGGCAGUACAUCCUGGACGGCCGUGCCGAGCAGUACCACGGAAUCGCCAUCCACCCUACCCAUCUCUCCGUUUGGGAGCGAUGGACAGGUGUUGGUCGCAGCUACCACCCCGAUCUUGACGUCAAGGCCAAGAUUCGGGACCUGCGUGCCGACUGGGAGGAGCGCGAGGCUACUCGUGGUACCGACGAGGCUGGUCCCGUCGAUCUGGAUGAUGAUUACACUGAGGACAUUGACAACUAUUUCCGUGGUACAACUAGUGGCAAGGGUCCUGUUCUCUCUGAGAAGAAGGGCAAAGCCAACAGUAGUGACGGCUCCGUGGAGCAGGAGAAGCUGUUCGUGUCCAAGGAGGAGCAAUCACAGUAAGGGACACGGGAGACGGAAUGAUAAUUUUACAUAAGCACAAAAGUAUUGCUUUCUCGGCAUUGCAUAGCGACACAUGAUACAUGAAAUGAGACAUGUUUGAAGUUCAAAA